AUGCCUCAAAACUUGUCUGACAGCCUCGCCCUCAUCGUCAUGAGUGACGUGGUGGUGGACCCGUGCAAUGAUACAACUGCGUGGGACUGGGUCUACACCAUCCAGCCAGCCUACAUGGCAGUCAUCUGCGUCCUGGGCGCCGUCGGCAACGCCUUCGUCAUCUGCAUCCUGUGCCAGCAGCGGAGGCACCGCACGGUGGCUGACGUCUACCUCUGCAACCUGGCGGCCGCCGACCUGGUCCUGGUGUCCUGCCUGCCCUUCUGGGUGGUGGCAGUGGCUGGUGAAUUCCACUGGCCCUUCGGGGAGCUGCUGUGCAAGCUAAUCAACACCGCCAUCUCCUCCAACUACUUCUGCAGCGUGCUGUCGCUGGUGCUGGUCAGCGUGGACCGCUACCUGGCGCUGGCCCACCCGCUGACGUUCGGCCGGCUGAGGGGCGUGGCGCGGGCCCGCCGGCUCUGCCUGGCGGUGUGGGUGGCGAGCGUGGCGCUCAGCCUGCCCAACCUGGCGUUCCGCACCGUCCGGAGCUUCCCCGAGCUCGGCGUGGAGGCCUGCUACCUCGCCUAUCCCCACGGCGGGUGGCGGGUGCAGCGCAACGUCACCACCAACGUGGUGGGCUUCCUGGUGCCCGUGCCCGUGCUCACCUUCUGCAGCUACCGCAUCGUCUACGCCCUCAGGGACAGCCAGCCGGCGGGCGCCCGGUCCGGGCUGGGGGCGGAGAGGAAGGCCACUCGCCUGGUGCUGGUCGUAUUCGCCGUCUUCAUCCUCUGCUGGCUGCCGCACCAGGUGUUCCGGUUCCUGGACACACUGGACUACUUCCAGCUCAUGCCGAGCUGCACGUGGGGCUACGUCCUGGACAUUGGCACGCAGCUGUCCACCUACCUGGCCUAUGGGAACAGCGCCCUCAACCCGCUCCUGUACGUCAUGGUGGGGAAGCAGUUCCGGAAAAAGGCCAGAGGGGUGUUUGCGUGCCUUCUGGCCCGGGACACAAGGAGCAAGUCCUCCCUCACCAUUCACCUGACCUCCACGGUCAGAUGCAACGAGUCCACGAAGAUUUCGCUCGAACAGUUCAAAAUUCAGUUCCCUGAAAAACUCUGA